UUUUUAAUGCAUUAAACUAUUUUAUACUUUGCUGGACAGUAAUGGUUUGAAAGAUUUUGUAAUUACCUUCCGUCCUAAAUUCCUGCAGAAACCUCGUCGCCGUUGAAGAUUAGUCCUCAAUCAAAUACACUUACUUGCCCGCUUGCAGGUGCCCGCCGCACCUCCCUUUAUCUGUUUCCUUAUUCAUGCUUGCGAUUAUUUCUUACUUUGUCCUUAUAUUUGGAUUAGGGUUUAUCAAUUUGAGGUUUUUUUUUCUUCAUUUGUGACGAGGGUAAGUUUUUUUUUUAGCUAAAAGAUAGGAAUACAAGAUGCAGCAGCCACCGCAGAUGAUUCCUGUGAUGCCUUCAUACCCACCCGCGAACAUUACCACUGAGCAGAUCCAAAAGUACCUUGAUGAAAAUAAAAAAUUGAUCAUGGCGAUAUUGGACAAUCAAAACCUGGGAAAACUUGCUGAAUGUGCCCAGUAUCAAGCCCAGCUGCAAAAGAAUUUAAUGUAUUUAGCUGCAAUUGCUGAUGCACAACCACAGGCACCAACAAUGCCUCCCCAGAUGGCCCCACAGCCUGCAAUGCAGCAAGGAGCAUAUUACAUGCAACAUCCUCAGGCAGCAGCAAUGGCUCAGCAGUCGGGCAUUUUCCCUCCAAAGAUGCCAUUACAAUUCAAUAAUCCUCAUCAAAUGCAGGAUCCUCAUCAGUUACACCAAGCAGCCAUUCAAGGGCAAAUGGGAAUGAGACCCAUGGGGGCCAACAAUGGCAUGCAUCCCUUGCAUACUGAGGCAACUCUUGGAAGCGGUGGCCCAUCUGCAACCGGAGGCUCUAAUGAUGUUCGUGGGGGAAGCAAACAGGAUGCCUCUGAUGCUCGGGCAUCAGCUACUGAUGGUCAAGGGAAUUCAGUUGCCGGGCACAGUGGUGGUGAUGGUUCUGAGGGCGCAAAAUGACAUUUCCUCUGCAGUGGUUCUACAUGGAUACCUCUGGCUGUUAAUAGUUAGGCAUUGCAUACCGCAGAAUUGAUAUUGUUCUGUGAUUUCUCAAUAGAUUGAACAAAGAAUUGGAUGUUCCUGGUUUCUUUCUAGUUUUGACAAAUUAGGUAGGUAAGUUGUUAGAGUCUGGAUAUGCCAGUGAAUCUAAAUGCAAACCAGGAAUUGAGAGAAACAGCUGUAGAUUGUAGAAGGAAGAUGUGGAAGAUUGUGCUCGCUAAUUGUUUGUCGUUUUGCAAUGGUUACUAAUGCAAGCGAUGGUGUUUUAGAA